GAAACCCUAAUUACUCUCUCCGCUCUUUCACACUGCGAUCUGCGAUUCCUCGAGAGGCAGGUCUUAACACUUUUAGUUUUCCUUUGCAGACUUUGUGAAAUCGCAACCCUAACUCUUAAGUUGAGUUCUUAGCAGGCUAACAGGAAGAAAUGGGAGAAACAAGAGACAACGAAUAUGAGGAAGAGCUCCUCGACUAUGAGGAAGAGGAAGAGAAGGCACCCGAUUCCGUUGGAGCUAAAGUCAACGGUGAAGCUGGAAAGAAGGGUUAUGUUGGAAUUCACAGUUCGGGAUUCAGAGACUUCCUAUUGAAGCCGGAGCUUCUCCGUGCUAUUGUGGACUCGGGAUUUGAGCAUCCAUCUGAAGUGCAACACGAAUGUAUUCCCCAAGCUAUCCUCGGCAUGGAUGUUAUUUGUCAAGCUAAAUCUGGUAUGGGUAAAACUGCUGUUUUUGUUCUGUCAACACUGCAGCAGAUUGACCCUGUUGCUGGUCAAGUUUCUGCCCUAGUUCUGUGCCAUACUAGGGAGCUUGCGUACCAGAUCUGUCAUGAGUUCGAAAGGUUCAGCACUUAUCUUCCCGAUCUGAAAGUUGCAGUUUUCUAUGGUGGGGUGAAUAUUAAAAUUCACAAAGAUCUUCUGAAGAACGAAUGCCCUCAUAUUGUUGUUGGAACACCCGGAAGGAUAUUGGCAUUGACAAGAGAUAAGGACCUUUCCCUGAAGAACGUGCGGCAUUUUAUCUUGGAUGAAUGUGACAAGAUGCUUGAGUCACUUGAUAUGCGGAGGGAUGUACAGGAAAUCUUCAAGAUGACUCCUCAUGACAAACAAGUUAUGAUGUUUUCGGCGACACUCAGCAAAGAAAUCCGCCCAGUUUGCAAGAAGUUUAUGCAAGAUCCAAUGGAAAUAUAUGUCGAUGACGAGGCGAAGUUGACAUUACAUGGUCUUGUCCAGCACUACAUCAAACUGAGCGAGAUGGAGAAAAAUCGGAAGUUGAACGACCUCCUUGAUGCAUUGGACUUUAAUCAAGUGGUUAUUUUUGUUAAAAGUGUUAGUAGGGCAGCUGAGCUGGAUAAGUUAUUGGUGGAGUGUAAUUUUCCAUCUAUAUGUAUCCAUUCUGGCAUGUCUCAGGAAGAGAGGUUGACUCGAUACAAGGGUUUCAAGGAAGGACAUAAGCGGAUUCUUGUGGCAACAGAUUUGGUUGGUCGAGGAAUUGAUAUUGAACGUGUAAACAUUGUCAUCAAUUAUGACAUGCCAGAUUCUGCUGAUACUUACCUGCACAGGGUUGGCAGAGCUGGUAGAUUUGGCACCAAAGGGCUUGCAAUUACUUUUGUAUCAUCUGCAGCUGAUUCUGAUGUUCUCAACAAUGUCCAAGAAAGGUUCGAAGUAGAUAUUAAGGAGCUUCCAGAGCAGAUUGAUACAUCCACAUACAUGCCAUCAUAGAUGUAGACAUCUUCAGCGUAGAAUAUCAGCUACCUGGGUUGCCUUUGUGGUUCACAUGUCAUUGUGGUUCGAAUCCAAAUCAGACUCGAAAUGGAUGGAAGCCACUGCACUAGGCUUGGAUGCGAGAGGGUAAUGUGCUCUUGAUGUGGUGGUGGUGGUACACGCCGCUGCCAUUUGAGUUUAUUGUAUUCUAAUUGCUGGGGCUGUCUUGCAUGGGAAGUCUCUUUAUGAAUUUUAUUCUGAACCACGAAUGAUCGAAUUGUAAUAUUUUAGAUACCCCCUUUCUCUCUAUGCAAGACAGAACAAUUACGGUAGACUGUUGUUGGUAGUGUUUGCAGUGAUUUUUAUGAGACUCCUCCUUAUGUUCUCUUUUGUUAGUGCCUAUUGCCAGA